AUGGCGGAACAGCACCAUAAAGGAGCGCCAAUCAAACAUACAAUCAAUAUCAGGAUCCUCGCUUUUAAUGAAAAUGUGUGUGGUGACAUGCAUGAUGGAGCUUCUCGCACCUGUUGCUCUCGUGAAAUGUUGAUAGGUAUGGCUGAAGCAAGUGAACAUGAACUUAGAAGAUUAUUGAAUAACCUGCUGGAAACAACCGCUGAAAACUUUCGCAAUGAUACUAUUGUUUUGAAGUCGUUCGUUGCUGAUACUCUCGGUACAAUAAUGGAACAGUUACAUAGCCAGCUGCGUACCGACUUCAGCUACAAGUUCAGAUCGCAUGAACAAUUCUUCAUAAAUUUCUUCUCUACUAUACAGUUAUACUUAUCCGGCACUGUGGGCGGUCUUCCGCACUUGGUGUCCUCGUUCUUUGAUGAACUUCUCUGGAGAAUCACUCAAAUCCUCUUGAAUACAAAUUCAACAGACAAUUACACGAAGUGUGUGGUCGACUCACUGAGACCCAAGCAGCCCUUUCUCCGAUUUCCCUCAAUCAUCACAAACAUGACUAUGGAGGCUUUUCCACCCAUUCGUGCGGCAAUAAACUCUAUGGCCUUUGCUCGAGAGACGCUUCUUGCUGCUUCUAUCACUAUACAUCUCCCACGGGAAUGUUUUGAUGAAUAUCAACGUCUCAAAUUCUGCAGUCUCUGUGCUGGCAUUAUGAAUGCCAGUUUGUGCGAAUCUACUUGCGUUCGGUUGGCUGAAACGUGCACACCCCAGCAAUUGGCUUUGGGCACACAAUGGAAGAAGUUUAUUGCUGCCUUACAAGAAGUUAUGAAUUUGGUAGACAAGUUUCCCAAAGUCCACCGUCCCCUUCAGAUGCAUCUUACAGAUGCAAUUAUGAGUCUGAAGUCGGUCUACAGUCUUCAUGAACAGGAGAUUCUCGGAAACUGCUCGUCGUCCUUCUCCCAAGGCGAGAACGUCACAAGUGCGAGCGCUGGUGACAGUGGCCGUGAAGGAGGUGGUCGUUGGCCUUUUAGUGGUCAUCGGCGUGCGCGGCGCCAGUCGCCCGUCAUCUACCAUCAACCAUUCAGUCCUCUGCGGCCCCACGCCUUCGAGGCGAGGCCUCUACCAACGGUGGCUCUUGGUGAACAAGGCAUCGCUAGCCUCCAAGCCUGGGCGCGCGAUGUCAAACACCAAUGGUCCAUGCUCUUUUCCUGUCGCCUAGCGACAAAUGUCUUGGAGGCGAGCACACGUACCGGUCCAAAAUUUUGGUAUCUGUUGCUGAGGCCUAGCUUUCUACCUCCUGCCUCCUGUUGGGCGGAGAAUAAUUACAAUUUUAUCCCUCGACGGAAGCAGCCGCUUGGUGAGUGGAAGUCGCGCGCCGAGAGUGUCGCCGAGUGUACACACUGGAUGCCCGCGUGUUCACCAACCCUUCCAGUGGAUGACGCACCUUACAAUAAAGUGGCCCACCUCUUCGCCAACUUGGGCUUAGAGAUCUGCAACUCCGAAACGGCAAAGUCACCAUUCGGGGGCAGCUUUGCUCCUUCUGACACCUGUUGGAACGGAACUUCACUUGUCUCAUCGGCGGCAAUGAAAUCGUAUGUGCGCCGAGGCCAGUUAGCGAUGCCCACCGACCCAACGCUGCGCCAGAAGGAGCUAGGACUGCGGAGGGCAGUGAUUAACUUGCAGCGCGUGGCGAGCUCAACUUUAGUGGACCCGGAAGUUCUGCAACUGGCGGAUCCUGCUGCAACCACCCUCAAGGUCGGCCGCAAUGAAGUGCCUGUGAACUCGGAUGAGGAAGCUCUCCGCAGCUACCUCGUUCCCUCCAACUCAACUGAGGCCAGCUUGGCUCAUAAUGCGGCCGCUGCCGCACUACCGCCGUGGGACGUGCAGCCACCGCUGCCUGGGACACCUUUGAAUGCUGGAAGUGUCAGUAGAGGGGCGGGCUUCGAGCCGGACACGGAGACAGGUGAGGAGGGGAGUGGGUACGGCGGUGGAGAGGUGCCUCUGCCCUACGGUAGUCCUUUUGCACCCCCCUUGGAGAAUGAUCUUCGCAAUCAACCUCUGGGACUGCCCUCAGCCUCACACCCCUUGCCGCCCGCUGCUGCUCCCUCCGAAUCCACUGCUACCACCCACAGGCCAUCACUGCUGCAGCCGUCAAACAACUUUGUGUCUGGUGGCGAUGACGAAGAUUUCCGACCGCGGAUUGAGCCAAUGAACGUGUAUGGGUUCCCAGAGGCAACGCAGCAAGUGUGCCGAAUCAGCCACAUCGCCUUCGAUGCAGCACCUGGCGUGCCGCUCACUCACUGGGACACGGAAUCCAACUCCCCAGAGGAGGGCUCAGGCCGCGAGCCCCUCAAUGUUCAAUUGGGACUCAAGCCCUUGCCCAGCUGGACGGGUGCUCCGCAGUCCCCGCAGCCGCAUCCUCCGGCACCGUCAUCUCCAACGGCGUCGCAGCCCCAGCCUUAUGAGCAGAACGGCGACGCGGGCUUAGUGAUAGGCGAGGGCAAGCUCGAAAUCCCUGACCAAAUUUGGGUACCAGAGGGUGACGGGGUAGCGCACCAAUACCCCAGCCCGUCCCACCCGCGAACUAGCGGCGGCAUCCUCGCUUUUGCUCCCUCCUUCGUCUCCUCUCUCUUUCCCAUAGUCGUCUCCCUCCUCCUUUUUGCUAUGCGUCGGUGA